CUCUGACCAAAAUCCGAUGUAACUUCAACCAAGACUUCAUAACCUAUGAACCUUCUCUUCCCCUUCAUCACUCAACAAAAACGAAUCAUUUAUAAGCGCUUCCUCUUUUUCUUCUUCACUUUAUAAAAUCUCAUACCCUUUUUUUUUUCUUCUCUCUCUAGAGUUUCACCUUCCUCUACACAGUGAGCCAAAUGAAGAACUCAAGUGGCUCUAGAGAAAAUGGAGGAAUUUACCUUUUUCUCCUCCUCCUCAUCGUUCCUCUUGCGGCUGCACAAUCUCCUAACAACCAAAACGAAUCGUAUUACAACCGCUUCAGCCCUUCCAUGGCCAUCAUAAUCGUCAUCCUCAUCGCCGCCGUCUUCCUCAUGGGCUUCUUCUCCAUCUACAUCCGCCACUGCGCCGACACCCCCUCCGCCAGCAUCCGCAACCUCACCGGAGCCACCGCCCGCCCCCGCCGCGGCCUCGACCAGGCGGUCAUCGACACGUUCCCCACGCUCGAGUACUCCGUGGUGAAGAUCCACAAGCUUGGAAAGGGGACGCUGGAGUGCGCGGUGUGCUUAAACGAGUUCGAAGACACCGAAACGCUGCGUUUGAUCCCCAAGUGCGAUCACGUGUUCCACCCGGAGUGCAUCGACGAGUGGCUCGCCUCCCACACUACUUGCCCCGUUUGCCGCGCCAACCUCGUCCCCGAGCCCGGAGACUCCGUCAGGGGAAUUCCAGUUCUCAAUGCUCCGAACGACAUCGAGGACCAAUCCGAAGCCCAACCCGAGGCCCACGACGACGCCGUCGAGCCUCUUCCCGAACAGCAGCAAGAGCCUAAGCUUCCAAUUUCCUCUGAACCCCCUCAAUUGCUCAGCCUAAACCAGACGCUGAACCGGAACCGCACUAGAGGCUCCCGGUCGGGCCGCCCCCGCCGGUUCCCCCGCUCUCACUCGACCGGUCAUUCGCUGAUUCAACCCGGCGAGGACACUGAGCGGUUCACCUUGAGGCUUCCCGAGGAAGUUAGAAAACAGAUACUUCUCAACCCGGAACUUCAUCGAGCGAGAAGCUUGGUUAUGUUGCCAAGGGAAGGUAGUUCGCGGCGUGGAUAUCGAACCGGCGAGGGAAGUAGCAGAGGGAGGUCUUCGCGGCGGUUGGACCAGGGCUUUAAGUCCGACCGCUGGGUUUUCACUAUGGCGCCGCCCUUCUUAGUGAGGGCCUCUUCCGUUAGGUCGCCAAGGGUGGCCAAUAACGGCGGCGCAGGAACAUCAGCUGCUGCGCCCUUUCCGCCGCCGGCUGCUGUGGAUUCUGUUUGAAUUUGUUCCUUAAUUUAUUGAAUUAAUCGAUUUUUUUUCUGCCACGGUUUAUUUUUUGGUCUGAAAUUGGGAAGACGUGUAUAAUAUUUGCCACACUUGUUUUGCGUUGAAGAAAAUUAGCUGGAGUCGUGAAUUGUGAUGGUUUCGUAAGCCAUAAUCUUUGUCACCGGUUCAGCUAAAAGGGAAUGCCCAGAAAGUAGAAAGCUUUGGCAGCGAUGAGAACAAAAAGCUAGAUUUUUGUUUGGAGGCACAGGAGAUCCGCAGGGAAAAUGGCAUGCACAUUACGUGUACAGAUUAUACAUGAACCUUGUUAUUUUUUUCUUUUUUUUUUUUACUUUGGUGAUUCUUGUAGUGAGUUUGGGUAACUGGAAGGAAGAUAAAAAAUGAAAACGAAAAACAUGAUGAGACUCGAAAAGGAGAUUCAAAAGAAAAGCUACCACAACGAAGGAGGAAGAACAUGCAUGUCAGAAAAUCGAAAUUGUCCUCACCAGCCUGGAAAAGAACCCGACAUAAAUAAGAUGUAGAAAAAAA